UAAGAUUGGAAAAGUUUGCAUUCAUUGUGUGGAGUAAAGAAAGACAUACUAACUGAACGAAAUAGACUAUCCAUCUCUUAUUCGACUGAAAUAUGUCUAAACUACAGUUGCUGCGUGCGUUUUUAAAUGAGCGUUUAACGGCGGCUGCUGUGGAGAUUUUCGGGGCAGUUGAGAAAACGGUAGGAGAAUACCAGGAGGAGAAUGAUCGGCUACGGAGACUGCUGCGGAGGACACCGGAGAUACAACUAUGUGGAAUAGACUCCCUGCAGAUCUCUGUCUCUGAAGAGGAGGUUCCCCCUGAGCAGCAGCACUGUGAGCAGGAGUGGUGCCCCAGUCUGGGACAGAAGGACCCAGAGACCAAACAGAUUGAAGAGGAACAGGAGGAAUUUAGGACCAAUCAGGGGGAAAAGCAGCUUCAAGGGGUUGAGCCUGAUAUCAUUAAGUUUAUAUUCACUCCUUCCUGUGUGAAAAGUGAAUGUGAUCUAGAGGACCCACUUCGGGAUCUGAAACAUUUUGGCACUGUGACCCAUCUAAAGGGUCUGGACAUUCCCUGUUACCCUCCAGAUAAUCAAAACAAUGCCUCCAGCCACAGUUCAGCCAUAAGCAGUGACCCAGUAGAAUUUGACAGCAGCCCACCAAUGGAUCUCAACUCACUAUUGGAGAAACACUGUUCCAAACCCAGCACCACAUCUAGAAGAACUCACCACUGCCGUGACUGUGGAGAAACGUUUGCUCUGAAAUCUGACCUGCAGAGACAUGUGACUCUCCCCAAGAAGAGACUCAGUGACUGCAGCUUCGGCAAUAAACGCUACAACUCCACCUGUAAACUGAAGGCCCAUGUCAGGCUCUGUCACAGUGGGAAACCCUGCACCUGCCCUGUUUGUGGAAAGACCUUCAAAUACAAAGGAGAUCUGUCCAAGCACAUGAGUAUUCACACAGGAGAGAAACCCUUUACAUGUGGGCACUGUGGAAAGAGCUUCAAUCGCAAGGAGCAUCUAACCAGGCAUAAACUGACGCACACAGGAGAGAAACCAUUUAGCUGUGGUGACUGUGGGAAGAGCUUCAAUCGCAAGGAACAUCUAACCAUGCAUAAACGGACUCACACAAGAGAGAAACCUUUUAUCUGUGGUGACUGUGGGAAGAGCUUCACUCAGAAGAUUAACCUGCUGACUCAUGUCAAAAAAAUCCACAAAGGAGGAAAACAGGAUGAAAACUGAAAGGGGAAAAAAUUACAUUAGAACUAAGAUCUUCGGUCAGAAGAUGGGAAUAAAAAAAGCAGGAUGUGAGCAGAGCAACUUCAUGUUGCUCUCAGAUAAUUGGAUGUGAGAAAGUUAUGUAAACAUUUUUAUGAAAUUAAGUUUGCUUUGAAUAAUGAGGUAAUGAUCAAACACUACUGUCGGAAAAUCACAGCUCUGCUGUUCAGUGUCGAUAUUUUCACAUCAUUAUAAGAGGAAUUCUUGAUCGUUUGUUUAGGAAUGUCCCCCAGGGUGAUGACAGGCGAAUGCCUGAGUGAGUGUGCAAAGCUGUCAUCAAAGGAAAAGGGUGGCUUUCUCAAAUCAUCUCAAAUAUAAAACAUAUUUAGAUUUAUUUAACACUUCUUAGGUUAGGACAUGAUUCCAUAUGAGUCAUUUCAUAGUUUGUCUUCUGUUAUACUGGCUGGGCCGGUAACUGAAAGGUUGCUAGUUCAAAUCCCAGGGCUGACAAGGUACACGUCUGCCGUUCUUCCCCUGCACAAUGAAGUUAACCCACUGUUCCUAGGCUUUCAUAAGAAUUUGUUCUUAAAUGACUUGAUUAGUUGAAUAAAAUAAAAAUAUUACCACUGGUCUGUAGCUUGUAGUAGAACUCCGUCCACCAGGGGCACUGUGUUUUUAAUAUAGAUUAACAUGACACAAACGGAAGAAGAAAAUGCAGUUUUGUUUUUUUCGUUGUCACUAGUUACAACAAUAACAAAGUCAAAAUUGGCUAUAUCGUAAGAAUAAACAAGAACCAAAAUGGCUUUUUUGGUCUUAGUCUAAAAUUAGGAUUAGGCAAUAGGUUAACGGUGGGGUUAGGGUUAUGUUUAAAAAUUGGAAUUUAAGAAGAGAAAUUGUAGAAACGGGUGUGGUACCUUUGUGGCUGUGGUAACUGAUGAGUGACAACCUUUGUUUUUCUUUCUACUAGCUUCUCUAGGCAUAAAGUCAGAUUCCACAGCCACAAAGUUAAGUUUUGGUCUUCAUUUACGGUUAGGGUUAGGCAUAAGGUUAGCAGUGUGGUUAAAGGGAUAGUUCAUCCAAAUAACAAAUUGGUUUCCUGACCCUUGUCUAUGGACAAGUGUAUGACAACAAACCAUGCUUUGGUUUAUUUUCCCUGGGACCGUUUCCAUAUGCUAAUGUUUUAGCAUUUUUGGCACAAUCCCAAUUCAAUUCAUGGGACCGAUAUUGACAUUUUUCGCACAUCAUGUCCAAAUCAUCUGAAAGUAUCUAAAAUUGAUUUUGAAGCUCAACAAAAGUCACUUAUAGAUGUUAGAAUACAACAUUACGUGCGAGAAAUGCCAGUAUUGCUCCCAGUACCAAUAUUAUACGUUAUUUACUGCGUAGGCUGUGAGGGCAUUUUCUGUUUAACCUUACUAAUGCUUGUGUACUAAAAUAUCGUUCUUUAAGACUAGGCGUUGUGCUUGAGAUAGUUCCUUUUAACAAACUCCUAUAAGAUAGUAAAGUGUGUGUGCUUAAGCAGAGGUCUGUUCUAACUGUUCUGUGGGUGUGUAGAAUGACCCCAUGAUGUCUGGGGAAACUGACUUGUUCCUCUUAGCUUAACUAGAGACAGAGUGAAGGUUAUAUCUUACUCACCAGUGAUAAAGCUGUUGUUCUGUUUGGAGCCUGUUUCCGGGCAAAGGAUUUGUGUGU